UUGGAAGUUGAAAGUGUUUCCACGCUUCCUGUGGAUGUACUGAAUGAGGAAGUAGUGGGCAGCCUCAGGCAGAAAUACCCCAAGAUAAAUGAUGUACAUCUUGCAAAAAAUGCAACCAUAAAAGGAAUCUCCUACAGAAUUGGCAUGCUCAUUCCAUAUGGUUCCACCAGUGGCCUUCCUGACUUUGCAGAAAUCCUUCAAAUCUGCAUUGUUGAAAGCAGUUUGAGUUUUGUUGUAAGGAGGUUGUGCGCAUGGUAUCAUGAGCAUUUUGGAGCUUAUGAGCUGACUGCGUCUCCUAACAGAGAGGUUGCCCUAGUUGAUCUUGAAAACCUGACCGAUGCCUAUCCACUCUGUGACUACACUGUGGGUGUGAAACGGAUGGUUACUUUGAAAAGGCACAUUAUUGUUUAAGUGAAAGAUGUCAAGUCCCGUCCACCUGAGAGUUGUCUUUGGCGGAGAUGAUGCCAGAAAACUUAGCCUGAUUUCAGGGAUACCAGCGUCUGUGGAUCAACUUGUCCUUGAGAUAAAGACUGCUUUUGGACUUGUGCAGCAGUUCAGGCUCCAGUAUAAAGAUGCAGAUUUUGGAAAUGAAUAUGUCAAUCUUACAUCAACCAGUGAAAUAAGAGACAGGGAUACUCUGAAAGUGGUAUUUUUUGCAUGUGAAGAAACUAGCUCCAGCAUUCCAGGGACUCUACCACCUUGCAGUACCAGCACCCUACUGACUUCUCCCACUACAUCCCACAGCUCUGUGAACCCCCUCAGCCCUCCAUCCUUGGACGAGGAGAGUUUUUCCUCUAAUCACUCUUUUGGCAGUGCGGACACCAUCAUUUUAGAUCCAGUUCUAGAGUCAAGAACCUCUUCAUGGCCUCCAGUCUUCAUUGUUCCCAACUUUUCAUAUUUUGCUGAAAUUCAACUUCAAAGAGCAAAUGCAGAAUUCAGAGCAAACGGCACUUUUCUUACCCCUCUUCCAAAGCUAAGAAUGGAUAUCCUUGAAGGCAUGGCUGAACAGAUCUUCAAAUACACAGCAUACCCCAGUGAUUCCCAAAUUGAAGAGGCUGCUGAGGUCUUGGUGCAUGUCCAUCCAUGUUUGAGGGAAAGAGGAACUCGUGCUGGCCAUGAAGGAUGGAAACAGUAUCUAAAGACGAAAGUUGCCAAUUUUCGCACAAAGCUGUGCAAGAUCGGACACCCAGAAGUCAGUGUAAACUCUCUCAAGAACAAGCGCAAAGGUCAAGAAAAAGCAGCUGCUAACAUCAAAAAGCCAAGGAAAGCAGAGGUUAACUUUCUCCCAUCCCUCCCCUGCGGUGAAACAAGAGAGAGUCUUGAGAGUGAAAGAAUAGCUCUCUUGACAGAGGUGAAAAAGAGACACAACGAGGCUGUGGUCAAGGAGAAAAUGCAGAAGACCUUCUCCUACAGACGUCAGGAGGUCGUCCAGGACUCGCCUUUAGUCUCUGAAUUUGUGAACAGAUGGCCUGCCUUGUUCACAGUGAGUGAGAUAAAUGCAGAAUUCAUGCGUAUAACAACUUUGCCACUCCAAGCCAAGUUUUUGUCAGAACUUGACAAAUACACACCUAACUUGAUGAAGGUCUUCAGCAGUAGAGGAGGAGCUGCUGGAAGGAAGAUCAGGCUCCUCAUGGCCCCAACAACUAAGAGUGAGGAUAUCGAAGUCAAGAGGGACUGUAUGCUUCAAGGUCUUUGUGCUUAUCUCAAUGAGGACAGCAACACUCUUAUCAAGGAGUACUUGAACAUCAACAUUGAGGAAGCUGAAAGAGACAUCAAACAGACCACCAUGGGGCUUUACGUGAUCCAGUAA